GUUUGUUUUUGAGAGGAAGAAGCUGGUUGGAUGUAGGGCGGGGUCUAAGGAGAGAGGGGGGAGACAGAGACAGAAGGACAGAGACAGAGACACUGCUGCUCACCGCGGACGGAGCGACACCGGGAGGAUGCGCCGGCGCAGCGGCAAUCGGUAGCUGUUCUCGGGGACGCAGCUCCAGGAUGAGCGUAGCGCUGCAGGACCUCCGGAACACCAUGUCCAGCUAUAAGCGAGCUACGUUGGAGGAGGACGACGGGUUGGACGCUCCAGGCGAGGCGGCCUCGUCUCCCGACCAAGUAGAGGUGGGUUUCCGGAAGGGAGGCGUGGACAUUCUGGGCCGGAGGACCCAGCUGGAGGUUCUGCUGUCGGUUCUGCUGCUGGUCGCCCUGCUGGCUCUGCUGGCCUCUUUGCUGGUCCUGGGUCUAGGAUUCAGCUCAGACAGUGGGCGGGGCCUCUGCCUGUCGGAGGCGUGCGUCACGGUAGCGAGUCAGAUGGUGGAGGCCAUGGACCGCAGCGCCGAUCCCUGCACCGACUUCUACCAGUUUGCCUGCGGAGGAUGGAUGAGGAAGAACCCGCUACCAGAUGGACGGUCCAGGUGGUCCACCUUCAACAGUAUCUGGGAGCAGAACCAGGCUCUGCUCAAACACCUGCUGGAGAACGGGACCUUUAAUGGCAGCAGUGAGGCGGAGAAGAAGACUCAGUUCUAUUAUCUGUCGUGUCUCAACACCCAGAGGAUCGAGGAGCUCGGGGCUCAGCCUCUAGUGGACCUCAUCGCCAAGAUCGGCGGCUGGAACAUGACGGGUCCGUGGGAGAAGGAGAACUUCAUGGAGGUUCUGAAGACCGUAUCUGGUCCCUACAGAGCUCAGCCUUUCUUCAGUGUCGGAGUCAACGCUGAUCCCAAGAACUCCAACAGCAAUAUCAUCCAGCUCGACCAAUCAGGGCUCUUCCUGCCAUCCAGAGACUAUUACCUCAACAGGACAGCCAACGAGAAGGUACUGGUGGCGUACCUGGACUACAUGGUGGAGCUGGGGACGCUGCUGGGGGGGGACCGGAGCUCCACCCAGGUUCAGAUGCGGCAGAUCCUGGACUUUGAGACGGCACUCGCCAACAUCACCGUCCCUCAGGACCAGCGGAGGGAUGAGGAGAAGAUCUACCACAAGGUCACCAUCUCCGAGCUGCAGCUACUGGCUCCAUCCGUGGAGUGGCUGGACUACCUGUCUUACUCUCUGUCCCCUCUGGAGCUCAACGACACUGAGCCUGUCGUCCUCUACGCCAGAGAGUACCUGCAGCAGGUUUCUGAGCUCAUCAACAAGACAGAGCGCAGUCUGUUGAAUAACUACAUGAUGUGGACGCUGGUUCAGAAGAGUGUGGCGAGUCUGGAUCAACGCUUUGAGAACGCUCAGGACAAACUGCUGGAGAGCCUGUACGGGACCAAGAAGUCCUGCACCCCCCGAUGGCAGACCUGCAUCGGGAACACAGACGACACGCUGGGCUUCGCUUUGGGAGCUCUCUUUGUGAAGGCCACCUUCGACAAGCACAGCAAGGAGAUCGUGAGUCACCAACGUGAACCUGAUCUACCUGGUCCAGGUGGGCCAAGAUCAGGAGCAGGUCUAAGUCCCUGUCUAUCUGUCCCUCAGGCCGAGGAUAUGAUCAACGAGAUUCGCUCGGCCUUUAAAGACGCUCUGGAACGACUCCACUGGAUGGAUGAGGACACAAAACGGGCCGCUAAGGACAAGGCUGAUGCGAUCUACGACAUGAUUGGUUUCCCAGAAUUCAUCUUGGACCCCAAAGAGCUGGACGAUGUGUUUGAUGGGUACGACGUGUCUGACGACAGCUUCUUCCAGAACAUGUUGAACUUCUACAACUUCUCGUCCCGAGUGAUGGCUGACCAGCUGAGGAAGACUCCCAACAAGGACCAGUGGAGUAUGACUCCGCCUACAGUGAACGCCUACUACAUGCCCACCAAGAACGGCAUCGUUUUCCCUGCUGGGAUCCUACAAGCUCCUUUCUACUCUCACGACCACCCAAAGGCGUUGAACUUUGGAGGCAUCGGGGUGGUGAUGGGUCAUGAGCUCACGCACGCCUUCGAUGACCAGGGUCGCGAGUACGACAAAGAGGGAAACCUGAGGGCUUGGUGGCAGAACUCGUCAGUGGAGGCGUUCCGCCAGAGGACCGAGUGCAUGACGGAGCAGUACAACCGCUACACCGUCAACGGGGAGCACGUCAACGGAAAGCAGACGCUGGGGGAGAACAUCGCCGAUAACGGGGGGCUGAAGGCGGCAUACCACGCGUACCGGUCCUGGGUCCAGAAGAACGGGGAGGAGAAGAGGCUCCCAGCUGUCAACCUGACCAACGACCAGCUCUUCUUCCUGGGGUUCGCGCAGGUGUGGUGUUCAGUCCGAACGCCGGAGAGCGCCCACGAGGGGCUGGUGACCGACCCGCACAGCCCCCCCCGCUACCGGGUCAUCGGCACGCUCGCCAACUCCCCCGACUUCAGCCGCCACUUCGCCUGUCCCGCCGGGACGCCCAUGAACACCGGGCAGCGCUGCGAGGUCUGGUAGAGGGGGCGUGGCCAAUGGGCGGGCACUGUAGUGAGGACCAGCUGCUCGUGGGACUGACGAGCGGACGGACUUCCUGUCUGCGAUCGUCACGGACUCACUGGACUUCAGAGAGGUGGAGGACUGAUGAAGAUGAAGAAGCCACAUGGCACCAUGUUGCUGAUUUCUGCUUUAUGACCGUUAUUAAUUAUAAUUAUUAUUGUUGAUGGCCUGUAUGUGUGUAUGUAUGCGUGUGUGUGUGUGUGUGUGUGCGCGUGACUCUCUGAUGACUUCACAGCAUGUUGACCUCUUACAUCAUCAUUGUUCAUUCUUUCAUUCAAGACGUUUAAGGCGUUUUAUUUCCGCUUUAAUUUAAAGUAGUUAAUUAAUUGUCAACUGUUAAAGGGUUUUAAUGGAUUAUCUGUUGCAGUAUAUGAGGAUGUUUUUAAGGAGUAAAAAGUCCCAAAAUGCUAUUUAUAGAAAAAUUAAUGGACAUAUUUAGGCUGACGGUUUUUAUGUUUUUUCGCCCCUUGAAAGGUUCUUGAAUCAGAUUAUGCUAAUUAAUUAGCCCUAAUUAGACCCUAAUUAACGCUGGAGUCGUUGGUAGUGAGAACACAAACUCUUCCGUGUUAAUAAUUAAUGACAUAACACUCUUAGAUUAUGGUAAAACUCUAUUUAAAACGUUGCCUUAUUAUUUAGCAAGAUGCCUUAAAAAUACAAUUAAUUGUAAUAUUAAAACGUUUUCAUCUAAACAUGUGAACAUUUAUUCAUAUAAUCUGAUCAGGACCCCUUUAAAAUACCGUAAAUAUAGCAUGUAAAAAGUACCCUCUUUUUUUUUACUGCUGUCUCCCCAGUAAGUUAAAACCUUCAUGAACUUUAAUGGUGUCGUCUUUUAAAUGUUUUUCAGCUCUUAAAAGCCUUAAUUUAACACUCGUCUUCAGUUUAAAGUAGAAAUAAAGAGAUUCAGUGUAAAUGUUGUUGCUGUGUGUUUUCCUGCUGACAACAAACGGCACGCUGCUGUUGCCAUGGAGACUUACCUUCAGCAGAACCGCAGUCAUCAAUUCAAACAACAAUUAAAAACAACAACAAACGCCUCUAAAAUGAGACUUAAUUAUACAACUUAGAAAUACCGCCUUAAUGUGUGAAAUUUAACCUUCAAAAAUAUGAUGUCUAAGGGGUCAUGUGACCUGUCAAAGGUCACACACCAUAAGACUCCUAAAACGGGUCCAGGGCCAUUGGAGACUCAGCGUGGGGCGUUCGGGGGCUGAAAGGAGCAUGGGGAUUUACAGGUUCACACAGAAAAAGAAAAAAGAAAUACUUUCAAAUGUAUUUUUUCUUUCAGUAGUUUGUUUCCGAAAACACUUUAUGACGAUAAUAUAAAAUGCCAACUAAAGAAGCGUCAGGUAGCUGAUUACAGGUGGAGCUGCUUACCUGCGUGUGUGAGUGGGUGUGUGAGUGGGUGUGGGUGUGGGCAUGUGUACUUGUGCACGCUUCGCCCUCCUGAUGACAUCACUGUCCCUUCAGCUGGUGCGUGUUGUAGUUUGUUAAGCAGAAAAAGAAGCUGCUUCCUGCCAAAGACGUGUGUGUGUGUAUGUGUGUGUGUGUGUGUGUGUGUGUGUGUGUGUGCGCGCGUGUGUGCAGUAGCUCUCAUGUACAAUAAACUCUUUGUCUUGAAGGGGGCGUCACUACUCUGCUCGUCCGAUCAGAGCGCUGCAUUACAAAUAAACAUCUUAAAACUCCCAACUCUGCUCUUAUUAUGGAAACUACAGAUCCCACAAUGCACCUGUGUCCCUUACUGUUCUGGAAAAAAUCCAUUCUUUGUUGCAAGUUAAAGUAUUUGGAAUAUUUCUGCGUUAAAAGUCAAAAAGGACUUUGAGCUUGUUGUACUUAGUAUGAGAAGUACUACUUGGCACUGUUGUACUUUUGUUUCCUUUAUACUUGAUACAACUGAGAAGCACUUUUACUUAUUGUACCACAGCUAAAGUACUGCGUACUAUUAUUAACCGAGUAUUUGUAUUGUGUACUGUAGUCCUGUGAGUAAUGAAUACAUUUUUCAUGUACUAUAAAUUAUCGCAUCAUCACGUCAUCAGGAACGAAAAAUAUAUAUAUGUAUAUUUUAUCUAUGAAUAAAUAUAUCUAUAUAUAUAUAU